AUGCAAUCUCCUCCUACUCCCGAUGGCGCCCAGCCAUACGCCACUAUGGCUGGGAAGCUGGACCCCCGACUCCUCAAGGCUCUGGAAGUGAUGGACUUCAAGUUUAUGACCCCGGUUCAACAACGAGUUUUGACCGAACUUCCCGACUGGCGUAGUGACUGCUUGGUCCAAGCCAAGACUGGUACUGGAAAGACUCUUGCUUUCUUGCUUCCUGCCCUUCACUGCCUGCUCCAGGGUAACUCAGCGCCACCCCGAGGACAGGUCGCUAUCUUGAUUAUUUCGCCUACGAGAGAACUUGCCCAGCAAAUUGCCAAGUCAUGCGAUCAGCUCACAUCACAACUAUCGAAGCCUCUCGAGUGCCAUAUUGCGGUCGGUGGAACUGCUCGUGCAUCCGCCCAUACACGGUUCAUGAAAGGAUCACCUUCUGUCCUGGUAGCGACCCCAGGUCGUCUGAAGGACUACCUCUCUGAGGAGUCAACAGCUGAGAAGCUGUCCAACAUCCAGACUUUGGUUCUAGAUGAAGCUGACACUAUGCUGGAGUCUGGCUUUCUGGCGGAUGUGAAGCAGAUCCUUCGCCUUAUUCCAUCAAAGAAAACCCGUGGCUGGCAAGGCAUGUGUUUCUCGGCCACUGUCCCACCAAAGGUCAAGGAGGUUGUCAAUGUUGUGCUGAAAGAGGGCUACGCCAGUAUCUCUACUAUUGAAAAGAACGAAGCACCAACCCAUGAGAGAGUCCCACAGUACCAUGUGAUUAUUCCAUCCGUGGCCGAGACAUUUACCACCUUGGCUACCCUGCUCGCGCUUGAGAGUAAGAAGUGCUCAAAGAUCAUUGUCUUCGGCGUCACGGCCAACAUGGUCGCUCUUUUCGCAAAGGUUUUCUCCCAGGGCUUGACCCCAUUGACUGUCUUCGAGAUCCAUUCCCGUCUCAACCAGAACGCUCGCACAAGAACCACCGCCCAAUUCAAAGAGGCCACUACCGGAGUCAUGUUUGCCUCAGAUGUUAUCGGUCGUGGCAUGGAUUUCCCCAACGUGGAUUUAGUCAUUCAGGUUGGCUUGCCAUCAAACGGCGAACAGUACGUUCACCGUGUUGGUCGUACAGCCCGUGCCGGAAACGAUGGUCGCGCAAUUAUCCUUCUUACGCAAGGGGAGUCAUUCUUCAUGAAGGUCAACCGCCACUUGCCGAUCAAACCCCACCCCGAGACCGAGCAGAUCAAUGCAGGUGCUCCGUUAUGCGCCGAGACUGUCAACCAAGCCAUGUACAGCAUCGAUGAACUCACAAAGCAACGUGCAUACUCCUCUUAUAUUGGAUUCUUUGCCGGGUCGGGUCUUCUGAGACAGCUCCAUCUUGACAAGGCUGGCCUUGUGCAAUUAGCAAACCAGAUGGCUAUGCAGGGUAUGGCCUGCCCUGAGCCACCCCCAAUGGACAAGAAGGUUGUUGGUAAGAUGGGAUUGAAGGGUGUUCCUGGAUUCAAUUAUGGUAACAUUAAUGAUCUUGACGGAGAUGGUUCUGGUGCUCAACGCGGUCGUUCUCAUGGCCGUGCUAAUGGCCGACCCAAUGGCAAGAAGCGUGAUGUUCUCAGCCCCGGAGCUGGUCAGGAUAGACGAGGCGGUGUUGAGAAGACUGGAGGUGGUGGCGGUAGAGGAGGAGGCCGUGGUCGUGGAGGACGUGGAGGACGUGGCCGUGGAAAGCCCAGAGGGGCAUAA